GCCCCAUGGGGAAAGUUUUGUUAUGACUCCGCCUGUGUGAGGCGGUGCCCAUGAUGUCGCUCAGAACCUGUCACCUCGGCUGGGCGCCGGGCAUUCUCUUAGUUUCUCUACCUAAAGUAGCCGAGUAGUCUCAGAAACCUUCAUAAUGCCCGUCCUUGUCCUCAUCCCAUUCUCAAACACGAAUCGUCAUUGAAUCGGUGUUUUCGGUGGCUCUUCCAUUCUCCGACUCCCAAGAACGACCAACAUCGUCACAGCACAGCACUCAUCACGGACUUUUCCUCAAACUAUUGGAAUGGUCACCGCUUUCGCCAGAUCUCACGACCUAAAGUCAGUUCGAUCACAUCAUUACACUGAUCCAAACAUCUGCCAGGAUAUGGCAAAACGUACGAAGGAGGGAUACCUACGAGCACACCACUCGAACGUACGGUGAAGGAACAUAUUGGACAAGAUUCAGACCCUCGGCUCGGCACCAUUACCUCUUUGGCCUUCAAUCACAUCCAAGAAGAGAGAACAUAACGUCAUGUCGCAGAAGGAAGAUAACAAGUCCAUCCGGGGACUCGAAGAUGCAACCCUGUUGAGUCCCAACGGAGGCUCUCGACAUGUGGAAAGCAUCUCGAGUCCUCGAGGGAGAGAACCCGAACGAGGGACGGCCCGUGACGUAGCAAACAUGGCCAUGUUCGAAUCCCCGACUAUGCGGCCUCUGAGCAGACGUCCUACCAUCGAGUCGAGGCGCACGACGUCGCCGCCCAAUUCCGUCAAGGCAUUUGCCAAUGCGCGCCGCAGAGGACAGGACGUCGAAGCGCACGAUCCGAGGGCCUCUUCGCGCAGACCUCAGGCCGAGGUUGAGAGUAGCGACGACUGUGGCCUCCAAGCAUCUCAACACUAUCCGAAGAGUAUCAGUCGUAGCUUCCACAGUCGCAAGGCUCUCGAACACGGUGGCUCUUCGCCCGUGCCGAAACCCAACUCAUCUCCCGAGGCCGAGGACACCAAGCUCGACAACGUCCAAAAAGAAGGGCUCCACAUCGACUUUGACUAUUUGGAGACACUGAUUGACGCUGAGAGUCGCGACCAGUUUGGCAGUUCCGACUUUGUCAAUCUUCCGGAUAGUUCCAUCCCUACCGCUACGCGCAUGUUUACCUCCGAUGGAGACUUCAUCGAUGUUGCAUCCCAAGCAGCUUUCAUCGCGGGAGAGAAGGAGGCGACAGCACCCCAGCAACCGCUCCCGAGGGCAAGCCAACACAUUGAGCAAAGCCGCUUCAACUACUUCUCCUCGGCCUUGGAAUCCACGAUCCAUGCAGCGGAAUUCGGCGACCUCGUCCUCCCAGGCGAGAGCAUCAGGUCUCUGUUCGAGAUGCCCGAGGCGGAGGCCGAUGGUGUCUGGUGGCUUAACAUGAACAACCCGACUGGCAGCGAGGUCUGGACGAUUUGCAAAGCGUUUGGGAUCCACCCACUUACCAUCGAGGAUAUCAUACACCAAGAGAGUCGCGAAAAGAUAGAACUCUUUCCGCUGUACUACUUCGCCUGCUUCAGGUCGUUCAUCGUCGUCGAGGAAGAUAAUGAGAAAGACUACCAUCCGUUCAACGUUUACGCGGUAGUCUUUAGAGAGGGGAUACUGAGCUUCAGCUUCACUGCAAACUCGCAUGCAUCGAGGGUUCGAUUCCGGAUUUCGCAAUUGAAGGAGCAAGUUUCUCUCAGCAGCGACUGGAUCUGCUACGCGUUGAUUGACGACAUUGUGGACUCUUUUGGACCAGCGAUCAACGAGAUCGAACGCGAGGCCGAUGCGAUCGAAGACCAGGUGUUCAUCACUCGAGUAGAUGAUAACCAAGCCUUUCUUCGGAGGAUCGGAUACACCAGAAAGAACGUGAUGAGUCUCAUGCGCCUGCUCGGCGGGAAGGCAGACGUGCUUCGUGCUUUCACCAAGAGAUGCACUGAGGAUUUCGAUGUCACGCCACAUAUGGACAUUGCCCUUUACCUUGGCGACAUCCAAGAUCACGCGGUAACGAUGAUGCACAGCCUUGUCCACUUCGACACCAUGCUCUCACGAUCACACAGCAACUACCUGGCGCAGCUCUCGAUUGACAACAUCGAUAUGGGUAACCGGACGAACGACUUUUUGAGUCGAGUGACGGUCAUCGCCACUGUUAUUGUUCCUCUCAAUGUUGUGUGUGGUCUUUUCGGCAUGAACGUCAAGGUCCCUUGGAAGGAUACUGACAACCUUAACGCGUUCUUUGGAAUCCUGGGCAGCAUAACUGCUUUCGCUCUGCUGUCUCUUCUUGUUGCUCGACGUUUUAAAUACCUCUGAGAAUGACGUCGAGUACUUACAUCUAUUUCAUUUCUUAUGAUACGUAUACACCAUAACGUUGCGACAACAAAUUGGUUGGUUUCACGAAACACACGUGCAAGCAGUCUGCUUACUCCCAUCAAGCCUCUUUGUGGUCUAGGUAAUUACUCAUGUGAAGUCAACGAAAUUACUUUUCUGCCACCGGCCUGGAAUUUUGUGGUAAAGCGAGACGAAUAGGAAGGUAUUUGUAACAUGUUCGUUGUCAGCAUGUCUCGAAGAAAGAGUGUUGGUUGGCACCCGCCGUCUUUUGCGUGCCGCUAUUCCCUCAUUCACAUUCGACGGUCUUACCUUCUUGCUCAUGUUCAACUCCCGUGCAACUCACCUCGGCGGCAAAAGCAACUACGAUGCUUAAUCGUGCCUCCCUCAUCGCGCGUGGUUUCCCAUACCAAGACGCUUUGCAACUUCUUCAUCCGGGAAGGCGCUGUGCCAAGCCUUGAGAUCUUCCGCCUUGGCAGCUGUCGAUGUCAUACCAGUCCAAUACGUCCUUCCUCAGUCAGACUAUCACCUCCCUUUUUGAUAUUGCCAUGACAUUGUUUUGCGAGGCAUAUUCCAGUCUGCUAGAAGAGGGGAAGCUGCAAGUGUUUAAGCGACCUUCACGAGCCGCUCAUGGUUCUUGCUUCUCGAACUUAUAAAUGAGGCUCUCAACUUCGCA